UUUGAAGAUUCCCGUCUGUCACUUCUCAAAGUAAAAACGAAACCUUAGUCGUUUCGGAUACAUGAUAACCGACAAUGAUUUUCAGACUUCAGUAAACAUUAACCAAAGCACCAAACGACGCGUUUCUAUUAAGUAUAUAUGGACGGAUGCAAUAGAUGACUUUUCCGGUUGAACCGUGAUUGAUAUAUUUUUUUUCCUUUUAUAUUUAAUGACUAUACAAAUUAUUCAUCAAAAUUCGAACCUAAAAAAAAAAAAAAAAGUACUAGCCUCGUUCUCCUUGCGUUCUGCCUCAGCUGUUUCUUCUUCAACCCUAAUUUAAAAACCUAGAAUUUCUCUUUCUUUUCUCUUUCUCAGACAAGUGUCCUCCAAAUCAUGGAUCAAUACUAUUAUCAGCAGCAGCAGCAUCAUCAACCUUAUAAUCAAUGGUGGCAACCACCACCACCACCACCGCCACCGCAGCAACCUAACAUAUGCCCAGUUUGUUCAAUUCCUCACUUCCCAUUUUGCCCUCCCUACCCUCCUUACCAUCACCAAAACCCUAAUUACCCUCCCCAACCUCCCCAUUAUACCCGACCCGUAUUCCACCCCUACCAACCUUUACCACCACCAACACCGCCGCCUCUUCCUCCCGCUGUCGCAAAUCCUCCCCCUCCUCCUCCUCCUCCUUACAUCAACGGGUUCGCCGAUCCUAGAUCCUGGCAUCCUAACCCUAAUUACGGCUACGAUUAUGGUGCGGCUGCAGUUGGUGGUGAAGUUGAUCGGAGCUACAAAAGGCCGAGGGUUGAGGAGUUUGAUUCGGCUACGGGUCGGAUUUUGACGGAAGAUGAGAGAAGAUUGAAGUUAAUUUAUGAUCAUGGAGGUGCUUCAUUGAGUGAAUUUAACCGAGAGAAUAAAUAUUUUCAUAAUGAUGUUAAUAACGAUAACAGGGCCACCCCAAUGCUACCGAGGAGUUCUGAGAUGUAUAACAUUGAAGAUCCACUUAACAAUUAUAAUGGUGAUAGCAGUAAUAAUUAUAAUUAUAAUCAGCAGCAUCAAAUUCUGCAUAAAGAUUCAGUGCCCGCGGCAGUGAAUCAUUGGCAAGGUUAUGAACAGAAAAUUGGAGGAUAUUUGCAACAAACUGACGGCAAUAACAUGGCUCAGCCUCUUCCUCCUCCUCUUCCAGAUUCUCCGCCACCACCUCUGCCCAUGGAGCCUCCAGCGCAGCAUCAUCCUUCUUCGGAGUUUAAGGUUUAUUCUUCAUCGCCCAAUUCAUCAUUUUCAUUAUUUCCUAUACCUGUUAGUUCUUCAGCCAUAUCACAUUCCACUUAUCCGGUGGUUUCUGAGCCUUAUUAUCCAAACAAGCCACCACCGUAUGCUUCUGGUGGAAUCCAUGGGGAGGAUCCUCAAGUUAUCCAUAGGAAUUCCUCUGUGCAAUAUGCUGUCAUUCCUCGAAAGCAAUUACCUUCUGAUAAGCCCAAAGUUGUUGAUGCUUCUGAGUUGUUUAAGAUGCCUCAUAGAACUUCUCGGCCUGAUCAUAUUGUGAUAAUUCUUCGAGGGCUUCCAGGCAGUGGAAAGAGCUACUUAGCAAAGAUGUUACGAGAUCUUGAGGUUGAAAAUGGUGGUGAUGCCCCUCGAAUCCAUUCCAUGGAUGAUUAUUUUAUGACAGAAGUUGAAAAGGAUGAGGAGACUGAUGUUUUAAAAUCAUCAAGCUCAGCUCAAAGCAAGAAAACAGUGAAGAAGACGGUGAUGGAGUACUGUUAUGAACCUGAAAUGGAGGAGGCAUAUCGAGAAAGCAUGUUGAAAGCAUUUAAGAGGACCCUUGAAGAUGGGAUCUUCAGUUUUGUAAUUGUGGAUGACCGCAAUCUGCGGGUAGCUGAUUUUGCUCAGUUUUGGGCAAUUGGAAAGAGAUCGGGUUAUGAGGUUUAUGUAUUAGAAGCUACAUACAAGGAUCCUGCGGGCUGUGCAGCUAGGAAUAUCCAUGGUUUUACCUUAGAUGAAAUCCAACAGAUGGCGAGACGAUGGGAAGAAGCUCCAUCAUUAUACUUGCAACUGGACAUCAAGUUAUUGUUCCAUGGAGAUGAUCUGAAGGAAAGUGGUAUUCAGGAGGUUGACAUGGACAUGGAAGAUGGAGAUCAUGAAGAAGGAUUAUCAGGACGACAAGAACAAAAGCAUGAGAAAAUGAACUUACAAGAUGUUGGAGAUCAUGUACCUGAAGCUUUAGAUUCUUCAAAGGAUGAAACAAGAUGGGAUGCUGAGGGAGACCAUCCCACGGAGAUAAAAGAAUUAAGUAGGAGUAAAUGGUCAAAUGAUUUGGAUGAAGAUCAAACUGAAGGAUCAGAAUCUAUUAAGGGAAAUUUGAAUGCUCUUCCUGGGUUGAUCCAAGCAUAUGGGAAGAAAGGAAAAUCUGUACAUUGGAGUGACCAGGGUGGUGACACUGGGUUCUCAAUAGGUGCAGCAAAGAAGGCCAAAAUGUUGUCUCUAGUGAUUGGACCAGGAGCUGGUUACAACUUGAAGUCUAACCCAUUGCCUAAAGAGGAGAGCUAUACAUCCGAUAGCAGUGUGAAUUCAAAGAAGCAAAGUUCAUUCCAACAGCGAAUUCGAGCAGAGCAUGAAUCUUUUAAAGCUGUUUUUGAUAGGAGGAAGAGAAUUGGUGGGCUUCAUCUUGAUGAAGAUUAGUAAAUUGAAAAGCCUGGGAAGUUUUGCCCUUAUAGAGAUGUUUGGCAAAAUGCUUUCUCUGCCAACCCCCAAUUUUUUGGUAUUCACAGGGGAGACUUAGCUGUUAUUUGCAUAGUACGGGAAGAGAGGUGGUUCAGUCAAACUGUAUCUGUAAUUCAGAAUGAACCAUCCCUGUGGUAGGAAAACAAAAGUUUUUCUGCCAUGAUUAAUUCAUAUUUGUAAUUAUUUUCUGGGUUUUGUUUAUUUCAAUUGCUUAAAUGAUGUAUUCCAUGUUACUAAAAUUCUUUAAAUGUAUAAAUUGUUUGAUCUGGUAUAGUAUCCAAGCGUUAGAUAUCCGUUUAGUCAAGGUGUCUAAGCAUUAUUGAAUUUUUUUUAUUUUUUGCCAUCAAAUUAUAUUUGUUGAAUUGAUUAGUCUCUGCCAAAUAAAUUUAACUAAUCUAACUAGAUUAAAGAUUAUAUGUAGCUAAUGUUACAACCAUUCUUCCCUUUUUUGGCCGAUAGAACGCACAAUAGGUAGAAUAUUAUAACUCACUAUACCAUAUUUGAACGGUUUAUUAUUAGUUUGAGUAGUUCGAUUCACUGGCUGCUCAUCCGAAAUGAUUUUGUUUUUCUUAUCAAAGUCGAGUGGUUAUACUAUAUCCAUUUGUUGGGUAAAUAAACCCAAGUAUGUGACAUUGGGAAGAGGAAAGUAGUGUUCUUCCCCCUUAAACAACCCGAGGAAAGUAGAAAUGUGGGCAUUCCUUCGUCUGUGAUUCCAAACAAAAAAAAAGUUCCUUUUG